AAAGACAAGUGGUAGGUAGACCUUCUUUCCUGGGUUGGCUGCAUCAUGACAUGAGUAGAUCUACGAACUCCGGCAAGUGGAGCUGAUCAGCCGAUCCGAUCCGAGGCGAUCGCGAGGAAGACCUACGCCAGGCUACGGACUCCCGGCGUACCGACCGUGCAUCCCGCAUAGCAACACAAACAUCAUUCGCUCGGUUACUAGUCUUGUAGCUGGUCAGCUUGAGACGUGGAGUCCGCGAGCAGAGGAGGGAGUGAGAGACGCUGGUUGUUUGUGUGUGAGCAAAAACAACGAUACAAAUUAAUACGAGUUUGGUGGAGGACACGGAACGUAGUGUACUGCUACGCUGCUUUGUGUACCAGUUGGGGAAGCUGAGGUAUUAGAUAAACCUUGUUUUGUUGAAAACAAGCUGAGUUCCAACGGUACGAUCCUGCUGUUAGCGUAGGCGAUUCCAGUCAGUGUGACUCUACGACGAGCAAGCAGCAGGGGCUGGAGGUACUAGGUAGUAGCCCGUCGAUGCGCGCAAACCAGUCGAAAAGAAGAUGACUACGUCGCGAAGAGGAGUUGGCUGGUGGCUGGCAUGGUUGACGGUUACCUCUCUGUUGGUGGCUAGUACUAGCGGCCAUGCAGCCCACAACGGAAUCCGUUCGGCGUUUACACCGUCCACUUGCAAGCUGGAGAGGAAACAGCUGAAGACAAUCCCAAACCGAAUGAUCAGCACGAGAUCGUCAUUUCGUAACGGUGCCAAAGAGGUUCGUUUCCUUCGUGCAAAGAGUCGCAGCGAGUGCAACGACUGGUGUUGUUCGUAUGAUGCUUGCGACACGGUCAUGUUCAUCGGCCCCGAUGCGUCUGUGUGGAGAUCUCGGACGCCAGAGCAGGUAGCAACUGAGGAGAACUGUGCACUGCUCGCUUGUAAUCACUUCUGUGUGGUGGACCGUGCCGCUCACCAGGGUAUCUACAUUUCCAAAGUCUCCGACGCACCCUUCGGGAGUCAAGCAUUGCCUGAACGAAUAAUUCAGCAUUCUGUGACUGAUGUUGAACGCAUUGAAGCAACACAGCCAGUGGUCACAACUCACUCAGUAGAAACAACAAGCAAGCCCUCGCCCACUACUACUCCGCUCAUAGCAACGACUAGCGUGACAACGACAGUUGCGGUAACCACGCACACAGUUACAACUCGGCAAGACCUCGCCACAACCAGUAACAUCCCAACUACGCAGAGAGCUACAUACACAUCUCCAGCUAUGGACCAGACGUCUGAAUCUGCAUCGGAACAAGAAACCGGAACAGCAGUGGCAUCAUCUGAUAGUGCCAUGAUGUCCAACAUGUCUGGAACUGACCCGCCACCCACGGAUGCUCAUGCGGAACCAUCGGAAUCCUCCACUGAUGCUGCACGGGCAACUGGGCUAAAGGGCGAUGCACUAUUGAAGGCUGUGUCAUCCACACCAGACCCUAUCAAUGCAAACGCCAGGUUCUCUGGUACAUCAACAUUGAUUAUUGGGUUGGCAGUGGGCCUGCUUGCGUUCUUUGCCGUUUUCUUCAUGGUGUCGAGGCAAUGGGUGAGAUUCGCUCGAACGAGAGUUCACAAGCAGAAGGAAGAUUAUUUGAUCAAUGGAAUGUAUGCCUAACUAUCUUGAGCAAUACCUUAAACUCGGCAAUCCGCAAGCAUCAGCGACAUAAGCAGCUAGUGAAGAAAGUAGCAACAGCAUAAUUAUGUAUGUGUGUGGGUGUGUGUGGGUGUGUGUGUGGGCGUGUUCACGUUCUUCAACGUAGGAAUAUUUUUCUAGAAUAUCAGCUCAAAAUAACGUUAAGUUUGGUACUGUGAGGUGCUGGCAUAUUUCAUGGUGUGGCUCUGUCAUGAUUGUACGGCUACUCUCUAUAUACUAUCCGGCUUAAUCACAAGAGCCGUCUUUCCACCCAUGUUUCCAUCUUUCGUUGACAAGCGAGCAGUCGUAUGCUUUUUUCCCCA